CUGACAAAGAGGCACAUGUGAGACACACAGAGUGUCUGCAUAUUGAUAGAUUUUUUUCCGAUCUGAUCUUGUCAGUAUGCUGGGGCUGCUGCUAAUUGCCUGCAUGCUGCUGCAGGCUGCAGACUCCAGAUGCCCAGAUGAACCAAUUUAUCUUGUGACAGUGGCCUCCCAAACAACAGGGGGCAGUACAGAGACAGUCUGUGCCCACAUUCUUCGUCAGAAGGGGCCGCUCUCUUUUACGCUUACCCUGGAAAUAGGUCCCAGUAAUACCACUCUCUUGGAGGAAUUCGUUAUGACAGAGUUCCAUCGCUGUGUACAGUUCCAGGUUCCUUCUGUUGUCACUAAUACCGUGGCAACAAUUGAUGCCUCUCUCAAGGGGGAAAAAACAUCUUUGAGCAAGAAGACCAAAAUCUGGAUCAAACCAAUCUCCUCCCUCACCAUCAUACAGACAGACAAGCCCAUCUACAAACCAGGACAGACUAUCAAGUUCCGUAUUGUCUCCCUGGAUUCUAGCUUCUUGCCUCAUGAGGAAGUGUUCCAGGCUAUUGAGUUGCAGGACCCUGGGUCAAAUCGUAUUGCCCAGUGGUUGAACCAAUCAAUCACCACUGGAAUUCUGGACCUGUCCCACCCCACAACGCCUGAGGCCAAGCAAGGCAACUACACCAUCUCAGCCAGGACAAAGAGGGAUGCUGUCACCACCCAGACCUUUGAGAUCAUAGAAUAUGUCCUGCCAAAGUUUGAGGUUAUCGUCCUCUUCCCUGAUGUCAUAUUUGCUCAAGACCAAAACGCAACAAUAAAGAUUUGUGGGAAGUACACCUAUGGGAAGCCUGUCCUGGGUUCUGUUAAGGCCACAGUGUGCAUCAAGUCUCACUCAAGGUGGGAUUGGCAUGUUGAACGUUGCAUGGAACAGAUGGAACAGUCUACUACGAGGACUGACAAGACCGGAUGUGCAACAAUCUUCAUCAAUGCAACGGCCCUCUUUUCCCCCUCCUCAAAUACUCAAGAAAGCCUUACUGUGCAUGGCAAGAUGGAGGAAGAUGGAACAGGUGUUGUUUUGACAGGCACUGGCAGUACAAAGAUAAUCAAAGGAGAAAAAAUUCAUAUUGAGUUUCAAGACACUCCGUCAUCUUUCAAGCCAGGAAUAAACUAUGAGGGAAAGAUCAUCGUGAAAGGUUCCUCUUCCUCUAUUGCCAACAAGCCCAUCUUCCUCCAUGGACCAAAGGGGGCUACAUGGACAUUGACCACUGACAGUGAGGGUGUGGCCCACUUCUCACUGGACACCAGUGGUUGGUUGGCAGAAAGUGCCCACCUAAUUGCGAGUUGUAAUGAAGAGUCAACAGAAAUACACAGCCUGUGCUCAGCAAACCAUGAGGCCUCAAUAUUUUAUUCGAAGAGCAAGAGCUUCCUGAGUAUCAAGCAUGCAAACAAAUCACUUCCUUGUGAUCAGGACAACCAAGUCCUGGUGCGUUACAUCAUCCAAGGGGAGGAGCUUAAGGAUAAGAAGACUCUUGACUUUUUCUACUUGGUUUUGUCCAAAGGGAGCAUUGUGCAGCACGGGCGUUCUGAAGUGAUGCUGAAUGAAGGAGAAGUUAAGAGAGGGGAGUUGUCUUUCUCCCUGAAGCAGACAGGAGAUCUGGCCCCUCAUGCCCAGGUGGUGGUGUACACAGUGCUGCCUGAUGGAGAGGUUGUGGCAGACAGCUUCGACUUUCCCAUCCAGUUGUGCUUCAAGAACAAGGUGUCUCUCCAGUUCUCCUCCACCCAGGAGCUCCCCGGAGGGAAGGUGUUUUUGGAGCUGCAGGCCCAGCCGGGGUCACUGUGCUCCCUGAGGGCCAUCGACCAGAGUGUCCUUCUCAUGAGACCAGACAAGGAGCUGAGUGCACAGGAGGUCUAUGGGAAGUUGCCUGUCAAGAAGUUGCUUGGCUAUCCACAUAUUCUCCAGGACAGGGAUCCCCCUCCCUGCCUUUCCCUUACACCAGGAGACCCAGAUAGCUUCUACCACCGACCAGAAAUCCAUAAAACGGAUCUCUAUGGCAUCUUUGAGGCAGUUGGUGUUAAAGCCCUGACUAACUCAGGCAUGAAAACACCUGUUCCCUGCUUUUACAUGGAGAGGUCACCUAUGGGACACCUAUGGGCUUAUGAAAUACGGCGAAUGCAAGUCCCACUCAUUUCUGAAGCUCUACUACACCUUUCACAAAUCGUCAAACCCAUGGAAACCAUUCGCACGUUCUUUCCUGAGACCUGGAUUUGGGACCUGGUAUCAGUGGGAGAUUCAGGCAGAGUAAAAGUGGAGCAAACCAUCCCGGACACUAUUACCAAAUGGGCAGCAAGUGGAUUCUGCAACUCUCCCGCAGGAUUCGGGCUGGCCACCAACACAAUCCUCACGGCCUUCCAGCCCUUCUUUGUGAGCCUGACGCUGCCAUACUCUGUCAUCCGUGAAGAGAUGUUCCCACUGAAGGCCACUGUCUUCAACUACCUCUCCAAGUGCAUCAUGGUGCAUGUCAGCCUGAGAGAGUCGGCACAGUUCACAAGCCAGCCGUGCGAUGGCUGCCAGUAUAAGCGAUGUCUCUGUGGUGAGGAGAGUGAGACCUUCACCUGGAUCGUCACCGCCACCACUUUGGGUCGGGUGAACAUUACAGUAAGUGCAGAGGCCCUGAACACUGAGGAGCUAUGUGGCAAUGAGGUGGUCACCGUGCCAGAGAGGGGACGAAUCGAUACUGUCGUCCGUACACUGCUUGUGGAGCCUGAGGGCACUGAACAGACCAUCAGUCACAAUGCACUGCUGUGUCCUCAAGAGGGAGCUGUGGAGAAGGCUGUUUCUCUGGAGCUGCCAGAAGUUUUUGUGGAGGGUUCUGCCAAAGCCUUUCUUUCCAUCCUAGGCGAUCUGAUGGGCCGUGCCAUGAAGAAUCUGGACAGCCUGUUGGCUAUGCCAUAUGGCUGUGGAGAACAGAACAUGCUGCUUUUUGCCCCCAACAUCUAUAUCCUCAGGUACCUGGAGACCACAGAACAGCUGACAUCGAAGAUCAAGAACAAGGCCAUUACCUUCCUGGAGAGUGGAUAUCAGCGGGAGCUGAACUACAAGCAUAAUGAUGGCUCCUACAGUGCCUUUGGAGAGAGCGACUCUUCAGGGAACACCUGGCUCACUGCAUUUGUGAUGAAGUCUUUUGGAGGCGCAACGCGAUACAUCUUCAUUGACCCAGAAUACAUUACCAGUGCCAAGCUAUGGCUCAGCCAGCAGCAACAAGAAGAUGGCUGCAUAAUGUCUGUGGGGAAGCUCUUUCACAAUGGAAUGAAGGGUGGAGUCAGCGAUGAGGUGAUGUUGACAGCCUAUGUUACCGCAGCACUCCUUGAGCUGGGCACUAACAGCACUGAUCCAAUGGUGCACAGGAGCCUGUCAUGUCUGAGACUGGCCUCAGAUCAGAUCAACAGCACUUAUGCCACUGCCCUGCUCUCCUACACCUUCACCCUGGCCGGGGACAUUGAAAUGAGGACUCGUCUCAUUGGCCGUUUGGGCAAAGUGGCCAUUAUCACAGAACAAGGCCGUCACUGGGAGCGUGCUGGGGCUUCUGGAAAAGGCUCUCUAGCAGUGGAGAUGACCUCCUACGUGCUCCUAGCACUCCUCUCUGGACCUCCCCUUGCUGACUUUGACUUGAGCUACUCCAGCUCUGUUGUUCGCUGGCUGGCAGACCAGCAGAACCCCUACGGCGGGUUCUCCUCCACACAGGAUACAGUGGUGGCCCUGCAGGCUCUGACGCUGUAUGCUGCUGCCACCUACAGUAAGGGAGGUGCCAGCACAGUGAUGGUGACCUCUACAGGUGGAUAUAAAAGGCAGUUCCGUGUGGAUGAGCACAAUAGACUGCUCUACCAGCAGGAGCAGCUGCAGGAGGUGCCUGGAGUCUACAGUAUUAAGGCCGAGGGCGAGGCUUGUGCAUUUGCUCAGAUCUCACUGCAGUACAAUAUCCCCCCUCCUCCAGACUUCUCCUCCUUCACCAUCAACGCCAGCGCAUCAGGGGUCUGCAACAGUACAAAGAAAACAUCUCUCAGAGUUGAUAUACUUGUCAGGUACAAUGGUGGGCGGGAGGAAACUAACAUGGUGAUCAUCAGCAUCCGUCUUCUGUCAGGAUUCCUCCUGGAUAAAAGCUCACUCACACAGCUGCAGCUGAAAGCUAGUCCCACUGUGAAGCGUGUUGAAGAGGAAGAAGGUCAUGUGAUCAUCUAUCUGGAUGAGCUGAAGAAGAUGGCACCCAUGAUAUACUCACUGACCAUAAACGAGGAUGUACCAGUGAGGAACCUGAAGCCUGCAGUGGUGAAGGUUUAUGACUACUAUGAUAAAAGUGAUGAAGCUGUGAAUGAGUACAACUCCCCCUGUGCCCAGGGUGAUGACUUAAACCAACUGUGAAAGGGGGACCAGCCACAUCUUUUCUGUCAGUACAUUGGACAAUCUUCAGAUACAUUCUAUAUUUAAUACUCAUUGUUUUAAUUAGGUGAUAUGUAAUAUUGAAUUUUGAAUUAAAGUUUGAGGAAUGAUG